ACUUAAAUCAAGCAUACGUGUCGUCGUUCAUUUCGUUUUGAUUCGUUUUCAUUCGUUUUGUUAUUCUCCUCUGAAAAGGCGAUUUGCAAGUGCACCACCACACAACAACAACAAAUCGAGAUGGCCCCACCACAGAGAAUGCGCGUUGCCAAUGAGAAGGCCAGUAAAUAUGUAACAAUGCGUGGCAAUGUACCCAAAUCGUCGAAAACGAAAGAAGGACAAUAUCCCGUAGGACCUUGGCUGCUGGCCUUGUUCAUCUUUGUAGUUUGCGGUUCGGCAAUAUUCCAGAUCAUUCAGUCCAUACGCGCUGCGUAAAGGGGGAGGCGAUACAUUAUCUUUGUUCCUCCCUCCCACUGUUCUCCUAUCCUCCCACUCUCUACUUUCCUCCCGCUCUUGGCUUUAAUCCUGAUUUCAUUUGAGAUGCAAAAUUCAAGUCCAUAAUUUUAUAUAUUUUUUGUAUUAAUUCUUAAGCUCAAAGAAAACAAACAAAUAUUAAUAAUAUUAUAUAUGUAUAUUAUACUGUGCAUUCCUUUCGCCACAUAAAUUUAAACUAAAACUCA